GUCUGUCGACCGCCUCGUGCCAAACGAAGAAGAAGAGCAACACGUGGGAAUAUUGUAUCCAAGAUGGCGGCGUGCAGUAUAGAAGACGUGCUCGCUAAAGCUGAGAAAGACGAGGCAGAAAGGUUAAGAAGUAUCACCGUACAUAAAGAACUGGACCUCGAGUUUGAUAUCGGAAACCUGCUGGCGUUGGAUAAGAACUCGGUAAACAGUCGGGAGUUUAAACAGAAAAACAAAGACGAGUUUCUUCGCUCUCUGGCGCGCGACAACACGCAGCUGCUCAUCAAUGAGAUCUGGAAACAUCCAAGUGAGAAAGUAGAGGAGGUUAUAGUGGUAAAGCUGCCCGACCCUGUCACCAAGUUACCCCGAGAAAAACCUGCUCCCAAGGCGAGACCCCCGACCAAAUGGGAGCAGUUCGCUAAACUUAAAGGCAUCCAGAAGAAAAAGAAGACAAAUCUGGUCUGGGAUGAAGUGCACAAGGAGUGGAAAAGGCGCUGGGGUUAUAAACGAGCUAAAGAUAACACGAAGGAAUGGCUCAUAGAGGUGCCUGAAACCGCAGAUCCAAAUGAAGACCAGUUUGGCAAAAGAAUCAAGGCCAAGAAAGAGCGAGUGGCGAAGAACGAGUUUAACCGCCUGAAGAACAUCGCCAGGGCGCAGAAGCUGAAGGUGCCCGGUGUGGGACUCGCUCCAACCAGCCAACAGUCCAAAACAGAGCUGGCCAAAGCUGUGAGCGUCGCCAAAAGUGCCACAGCUUCACUGGGAAAGUUCCAAGAGCGACUUCCUAAAGAGAAACCCCAGAGAAACACAGGCAAGAAGAGACAGUUCCAGCCCCUGAUCGGUGACUUCGCUGGAGAGAAGCAGAAGCACCUGGAUAUGCUGAAAGUGAUGGAUAGCAAGAGACCUAGACUGGACGUCACCAAAGCAGUGAAUAAGCAGAUGAGGGAGGAAGACAGUGAAUCUUCGGAAAGGAGGAAGGGGAAGAAAGGAAGGCGAGGGAACCCGCCUGGGAAAGGGCGACGAAAUGCUCCAAGUGGGAAAGGGAAAGGCAAAGGGGGAGCUUUUAAAGGCAAAGGGGGCGCUUUUAAAGGCAAAGGACGAAAACCUGCAAUGAAGCAGGGAAAACGUUAACAUAGACUUCUGAAGCUUUAAUGAAAUCUGGGACUUUUUGUUUGAACCUCAAACACACCUGAGCCUAUAAAUGAGCAUCGUAUACUCUGAGAAAUAAAGUACCUUUUCUUUUUAUGGAGUUUGAUGCAGUUAUUUCUCAGAAGCUACACAGAAAUAUGAUAAUAUUGCAAUAACCCUAUUCUUUUUUUAUUAUUAUUGUCUUUCUUCCUGUUUUGUGAACAAAAAAGCUGCUCUUUGCUUGAUGCUUUGUCAAUAAACCAUAAUGUUCAGCAAUAUUGUAAUGUCAUUGAAGCAAAUUCAGACAUAAUGACAUGGAGGUUCUUGCUCUGGUUUGAUUUAAACAGUUAGUUAUGUUUUAAUGUAACAUCGUCUAGAUAAACAUUUGGGAAUUAAGACCAGAUACAGGAACCUUUCAGCUUAGUUGAUUUUCAAAAACAGGAACUGUGCGUCCCUGCCUGAAAUAUCGAGUUUAUUGAUCGAGUUACGGAAAAAUUGGAUGUAUGGUAAUCGUCAUGACAAGACUCGAAGUGUUUUGUGCCUCAUUUUGAUUAUCAUUUGGAAAAAUUAGUUUCUUGAAGGUGUCGUCAUGACGUUGGGGUACGCAUUGCAAUAUUUAGAUUAGCUAACAAAGAACCCACACAGCAUUAUAGCUAUAUAUCAAGUGAUUUUGAUUCAAUGAUUACAUAAAUGUAAAAUAUUUAAAUCACAGAAAUGAUCAAAUUUGUUACAUUUAUAAAAGGGGAAAUAAUAUCAGAAAGGUUCAUUUUAAUUUUAUUAUAUUACAAUACAUCAGUCUGUGUGGAAUAUCUGCAUUUACUGUGGUCACAUUUUCUAAAAUGAAUUGAUAUAUAUCGAACUGUUUUAUACGUCAUGCUUGUAAUUAUCUGUCAUGAAAUAAGCAGCUUUUGCUUAUUGUUGGCUCAGAUGUUGCAACUUUGUGUACACUGAUUUUGCUUUUCCUAAAGGGUUUUGAAUAAAUAUGAUGUUAUCAAUGAUGUCUCAAGAAAAUACCCUGUUACAGGCCACAAUUAGACUUCCUGCUAAUUAAAAGGUUUGACACAUUACCAUAGAAUUAUUUAUCAUUUUUAGUAUUUCACUUUUACAUUUUAUUUUCGCCCUUGAAGUUAUUUUUUAUAUAGAAGUGAAACGUUUAUAAUAUUAAAUAAAUAAUAUCCGGC